GAAACAUGGAGAAAUUAUAAGAAAAGGUUGACUAAAUAAUAUAUAAAAAACAACGAUCCUAUAGUUGUUAGAGAUAGUCCUGCCCCCCCAGGUGUCCCUAUGGAGGAUUGGAGGACCUUUGUGGAUCAACACAACACCGAGCAAUUCAAGAGAGUAAGUGCAAGGAAUAAAGUCAAUCGGGCAAAGCUAAAAGGACCUGCGUGUCUUGGGAGGCGCAGCAUGGCUGUUACUCGCCAUCAGAUGGCGAUGGAGAGGAAUCUUACCUCUGAUGCCGAGAUAGGUAGAGGUGAUGUCUACUUAAGAGCCCAUACGAGCAAGGACAAAGUCGUCCAGUAUCCUGACCUUGUUCAAAAACUAGAUGAGCUUUAUAGUAGCAAUCCUGCUUCUAAGAUGACCGGCGUUGACGAUGCCCUUACACAGUUGGUUGGUUCUGAUAGUAGAGGACGAAUGCGUGGUCUGGGUUGCUCGAUAAGCAAAACAGGACUGAAGAAGUCAACCCCUGCCCGUUCAAAGCUACAUAAUAUGGCAAAAGAAAGAGAAGGCCUAGCGCAGGAGAUAUUAGAGAUAAAGAAAUCAUUGAUUGAUAUAAAGUCCUGGGUGGGUAUGCAUCAAGAGGCACAGUCUGGUCAAAACCUCCCAUCACCACCAGUGGCUAAAUCUACUCAGGGAUCAUCGCCGGAUACGAUAUAUAUUGGUAAGAAAUGCGAGUUGCUUGGUUGGGGCUUACGUGGUGUUGUUGCUCGUGGUCAAGUACACGAAGUUAGUCCAAAUGCAAUUGUCCAUUGUGAGCCAUUAGCAGAGGGAGCUUUUGUUGUUAUCCUAACUGAGAUUAUACACCCUGAUGCUCCUUUGUGGAAAGAAGAUGGAUUCGCAUCUACACUUGGAGAGGCCGGUCCGGGAUCACUUGUGCAAUGGGGGAAGCAAUCAAUGAGAUUCUUAUAA